CCCCCACGGCUCCUCGCGGUCCCCUCCCUUUCCUGUCCGGCUCUCCUCCGCCCCGCCCCUCGCGAAGGUUCCGGGCGCCGCCAGCAGCGACGUGCGCGGUGACGCAAGGCGCCAGUGGGCUCGGUGCGCGCGGCCGCGGCGGGCGGGAGUCGGAGCGGAUCCGAAGAGGGGUCCCAACAUGGCGGCCGGGGGAGGCGGAGGAGGGGGUCGGGGCGGCGGCGCGGCUGCCAGGCUGGGGAGCCGCUCUGGGGCGGCGGCGGGAGGCGGAGGGGCGGCGGCGGCGGCGGCGACCACCCCGGAGAAGCUCCCGGUGCACGUAGAGGAUGCCCUCUCCUACCUGGAUCAGGUGAAGAUCCGCUUUGGCAGUGACCCGGCCACCUACAAUGGAUUCCUGGAAAUCAUGAAAGAGUUCAAGAGUCAAAGCAUUGAUACCCCUGGCGUAAUACGGCGUGUCUCCCAGCUGUUCCAUGAACAUCAUGACCUCAUUGUGGGCUUCAAUGCUUUCCUGCCUUUGGGUUACAGAAUAGAGAUUCCAAAGAAUGGGAAACUCAGCCUUCAGUCCCCUCUGGCUGGCCAGGUCUCUCUGGAGCCAGUUCAGAGUCCCUUCUUGCUCCAUUAUUGCCAGGAUAAGGUCCACCACCACAGCAGCUGUCCUGAAGAGUUCCGGCAGCAGCUGCCCUGCAAGGACGACAAACUUCAGGUGCCGCUGGAAUCGGAUUCGGUGGAAUUCAACAAUGCUAUUAGUUACGUAAACAAGAUUAAGACCCGCUUCCUUGACCAUCCCGAAAUCUACCGGUCCUUCCUGGAGAUCCUCCAUACGUACCAGAAGGAGCAGCUGAGUUCCAAAGGCCGGCACUUCCGAGGCAUGUCUGAAGAAGAGGUGUUCACCGAAGUAGCCAAUCUCUUCCGGGGCCAGGAAGAUCUUCUCUCUGAGUUUGGACAGUUCCUUCCUGAAGCAAAGCGGUCUUUGUUCAUGGGCAACGGGCCGUGCGAUGCCCACAGCAUUCCCAGGAUGGAACACGAGAAGCCCUUGGAGCACAGCAAGAAGCGGGCGAGGCCUUUGCUGCUGCGUCCCGUUCCUGGCCCAGCAAAGAAGAAGAUGAAACUGCGAGGGACUAAAGACCUGUCGGUUGCCACAGUGGGAAAAUAUGGAACUCUGCAGGAGUUCUCUUUCUUUGACAAGGUGCGCAGAGUCCUUAAGAGCCAGGAGGUCUAUGAGAACUUCCUCCGCUGCAUCGCUCUCUUCAACCAAGAACUGGUGUCAGGUUCUGAACUUCUCCAGCUGGUCACACCUUUUUUGGGGUAAGGAA